AUGGCUAAUCCAAUGAAUGAUUUAUUCUUAGCCUAUCUCACCAUUUCCGAUAUGCACACUCAAGUGCAGAUAAAUCGAGAUAACGAAUCGGCUCCAUCGGCUGCUCCAACAGAGAUUUAUAAAACAAUGUAUCGAUCAUGUGUCGGUUUUGGAUUUCGUCGUUAUCUGUCAUGGAUCAUGACAGAGUAUUGCGAGCUGAUGCAAAUUGCACCAAGCCAGUUGGUUCUCCGAGCUUGGGGAUUGAUACAUGCUCUGCAAGUCUUGUCCGACCUAUCUGGCAUUGAUAUCUCCGGGAAAAUGGUGGCACACUCGUUUUGCCUUGUUAGCGUUGAAGGAAAUUCCCGAAGAUUCAACCUUCAACUUCGCGAAGGUGAAAGCUCUCAUGUUGAUCCUCCAAUGUGGCUGGAUGCAAGUGCUGAUGGUGGAGAAUACUUCUAUGUCAUCCACGAUGGAGUUGGAAGAGUCCGCAGCUGCUGGUUAGACAUAGGAGUUGUACCAGCGGAUGUGAUUCAUGAUGAAUCGUUCCCUGAUGUAUUCUACGAGCUGGAUAAAAGUUACAUGAACACUGCCUUAUUACUGCAUCCACGUAUUGUGGACAGAACUUCACUAGACACGUCUCUCACUGACCCAUUCAUCCCCCAAUAUAAUUUGGACCUUUUGAAGGCAGCGCUUAGAAUGUAUGAUUUUUUUCAAGAAGUUCCGGAUGAAAGUUCUGAUGAAGAGGACAAUGAAAACCCUCCAUAUGCGCCAGCGCGUGCUCCUGGAAGUUCCUCUCAGGUGCUUGUCCAGGCCGUUCAACCAUCAGAGUUGCUUCGUGAACAGAAAUAUUUGAUGGCAGAAAUUCAAGCAACCAAAUACCGCUUGGAAAAACUUCAUGCUCGCUAUGUCCAAGUUCAACAUUCUCUUCAUGGAACUCGCCCGACAAACGAAGCUGAAUGCUCAAGGAAUGUAAGAACCCGCCCGACAGACGAAGGUGGAUGCUCAAGAAAUGUAAGAAAUUGUCGGUCUCGGCGGUCUUCUUAG